AGCCACAGGGCGAGAGUACUUAUGUUGAGCACAGUCACGCAGUGAAACUUUUAUAGGCGAUUACUUGUUUAUAUAUUUCAUGCAUGUGCCGCAAAACAUCCUACAAAAUAAUAUUUGCUUCAGCAACAAAAAUGUGUCGAUUAAAUAAUAGCCUAAUGCGAAUUUACUGUCAAGUCUAAAAUAUAGGCUACUCGUAGAAUGUAAAAAAAAAAAAAAAAAAAAAAAAAAAAAAAAAGCCUUCUACCUUUCGGUAAGUCACAGGACAGAAUGGUUCAGUGUUUGUGUGGUCUCGUUAAAGCUCUCACAUGAUGAGCUCUCUACCCCCUGUGAAAGGAGACAGGAUCAUCUGUGAACUCCCUUUGUACUUUACAAGGGACGCUGCAGUGCACACCAAAGAUGGCUUUAAUAUUACUGUUAGAGAGGCAUGUCAAGGACAGAAAACAGGCCUUUUUCCACAUGGGGACCUUUGGCUGGUACCCACAAUGCUAAACGUAGCCAAGGUCAUUGUAGUUGGUGAUGUAGCAGUUGGGAAGACGUGUUUAAUAAAUAGAUUCUGCAAAGACACUUUUGACAAGACGUACAAGGCGACUAUUGGAGUGGAUUUUGAGAUGGAGAGAUUUGAGGUCCUCGGUGUGCCCUUCAAUUUGCAGUUGUGGGACACAGCAGGUCAAGAAAGAUUUAGAUGCAUUGCAUCCACCUACUACAGAGGAGCUCAAGCCAUCAUCGUUGUGUUUGACCUGAGCAAUUAUAACUCUUUGGAUAAUGCGAGAGAGUGGCUUGAAGAUGCCAUGAGAGACAAUGACCCUUCUAGUGUUCUCCUCUUCCUCGUGGGAACCAAGAAGGAUCUUAGUCACCCAGAUCAGUUAGCCCAAAUGGAGCAAGAGGCUGUUAAACUUUCGGAGGAGAUCAGAGCAGAAUAUUGGGCCGUCUCUGCCCUGUCAGGGGAAAGUGUGAGAGACUUCUUCCUCCGGGUCGCAUCACUUACAUUUGAGGCGACUGUAUUAUCUGAGCUGGAGAGGAACAAUUCUAGACAAGUUGGUGAUAUUGUCAAAAUUUCUAAUAAUUGUAAUGAAAAUUUUAAGAAGAGGCAAUCAAACUGCUGUCGUUGACUGAACGUAUGCAACAUGUUUCAAUGGAUCUGAUCAAAUGGGAAUAAAAGUGACCCUUGAAUACAAACUUUGGGACAAUGUCCCGUAAUGCCCUGACACAAAUCUCUGGGUGAAAGAAGAAAAUAAUACAAACAGAAGACUUGGCCAGUGAGAUAAUGAGGGAAUCUCAACAAGAAUCCAUCUGAAAGUAUUUACAGAUGAAUGCCAUGAAGUUCCAAUUGUUUUAAUUAUGAAUCUACUACUUUUAAUACAUUUUCUGCAUCAUUGUAUUACAUGGUUAUGCAGAUACAGUUUGUCAGACUCUCAAAUAACCAGGAUUAAGUAUUAUUUUGUCUAUAAAUGUGUUAAAUUUUGUCCCAAGCAGUGACAGAGAUUUAUCUAAUCUAGAAUCUAUAAAUACUUGGUGUCAUUUACUGACAUUUAGUCUAUCAGUAUUACAUUAAACGAUGCAAAUCCCUGUAA